CCCCCAAAGUGGGCCAGGUGUGGGAGUUGGAGGAGCAGCAUCUCAGCCUUGGCUUUCCACCGCUGUUUGUCUUCAUGCUUCUUUUUCAGGGGCAUUGUUUUAAAUCCUGCGGGAUGGGGCUUCAGUUCUAGGCCAGCCCUCCCCUCGGGAGUCUGUUUACAGAUGGAGAUUUUAAUCUAGGUGGGCUAGUUAGGGGAAGCUGAGCUGAAACUCUAAGGGAGGAAUCCUAGCGGGCUUGCCCUCCUGCUUCCCAACUCCCCUUCUGCCAAGCAUCAAGGGGCGGGAGCUCUGGAUUAGGGUCACCUGGAUGAGAGGAAGUGGGGAACUAGACAGCUAGGAGGGAGAGAAACUUCUUGGGGAUUUGCCCCUUAGUGCUAGCGGGCUGUCCCACCUGAUUCCCAGAGGCCACAACAUGGCUCUCCUCUGCUUCUUCUUCUUGGUUCUGCUCCCGUGGGAGCUAGCGCUCAGGGGGGCCCGUGUGAAUCCUCAGUCCCUGGCCGCUGCCUUUGAGCUGCCUUUCCUCCAGGAGAUGACGGGCAAGACCCCAAAGAGCAGCUUUACCGGGCAGUCUCUGCAAUACAUGCGGGACUUAUACUAUCGCUCCGCUAGCCCGGAAGGGCUCCCGUGGGAGAAUCGGACUCUGGGAGCCACUUCGGUCAGGCUGGUCCCCGCCUCGGCCUGGACCGGGAUCUCCACCAGAGGGCCCUGGUACGUGCAGAGCCUGGAAUACCCCAUGGCGAUGGACUGGGAGAGGCAGAUCCUGGUGAGGACUGCCGUGGUUUAUCCGUCCGUGCUGCGCAGGUCUGGCACCCAGUUCUUGUGUCAGGUGAAAGCCGAGACCCGGGAGAACAAGCCCAAUGCCGUGGAGCGUGCGUUCCAAGUAGUCUCCACUCAGAGCUACAAGCCCACGGCCUGGCAGGAGUCGGACAUCACGGCCUACAUCCGGCAAAGGCUCCGGAAGGCCCGCGGCUGGUUCUCCUUCUGGCUGCAUUGGGAGUGUCGAAGGCAGAGGGCGAGAGGCUCCUUCAGGACCAGGUGGAGGGGGAAGGCCAACUCGGACACCCCCUUUCUCUUGCUCUACUUCAAUGACACCCAGCAGGGCUACCAGGAGGUGGGAACGCCUCUCCACCGGAGGGUCCGUCAGGCUGGCGAUGCCCCCGGGAGCAGGAUGGAGCCGAAGUUCUGCUCCCUCCACCCUUUACAGGUCACCAUAAAGUCGUUGGGCUGGACUAACUGGGUCAUCGCCCCCGACAGGCUCUACCCCAACUACUGCCAGGGGCUCUGCCCUCGGAUUCUGCGUAAGGGGCUCAACUCCCCCAACCACGCCAUCAUCCAGAACCUCGUGAACGAGCUGGUGAACCAGAGGGUGCCCCGGCCCUGUUGUGUCCCCUACCAGUACAGCCCGAUCAGCAUCUUGUUGAAGGAGGACAAUGGGACCAUCCUGUACAAGGAGUGGAAGGACAUGAACGCCCAGUCCUGCACCUGCCGAUGAGAGGCUCGGGUUCUCCCCGCACGAGACUGCAGGAGUAGGAAACGAAAUAAAGAAUCUGAUGUCGAUGUACAAGAUGCCCUAAAAUCCUUUGCCUGACCCAUAGAUCCAUCCUCUUGCCCCAGAGGAAGCCAUUCACGGGUUCUCUUCCCAGGAGAGGACUCGCUGCUACUGAUGAUUUCCCAGGCUCAUACCGCUUUCUUGACUGAUCUUAUCUAUGUGAGUUUUGUAUCGGACCUUGUGUGAUGUAAUGGGCCAGCCGACACAGAUGGCGUCAUGGUGGAUUGGGGCUGGGAGGAUUGAGAGUUGGGUGGGUGCGGGGGGAGGAAAGAGGCAAAAAUCUGGCUCUGGCCCUCCAAACCCAUGAACCUCCUCUCCUAUUAUGGAGGAACCAAGGUCGGGGCGAAGCAGGAUAAAAUGAAUUUCAAGCUAUUUGUGAUGAGGUUAUGCGCCAGGAUGGGUGGAAAAUUAAUCUGGUGUUUGGGGGAGACCUACUGAGUAGCCUCUGUCGCUGUUGCCUGCUGCUUCCCAUCUUCCAAUUGGACUUCACCUUGUACGAGUCUGCCGCCUUGAAUUUGAACUUGAGUUGGCUCAGUGGUUCUAAUUCCAUCCCCCGAUCCUCUGCCUCUGUCUCAGGACCAGUCUUUGAUUCCUGGGGUUGGAUUAGACUGCGGCCGCUACCUCCUUUUAAGCAGCCCAACUGGGUGACCUCGUAGAGGGUAGAGGAAAGAGAAGGCUUAUGGCUUUUCAAAGUGUGGAAGAGCUGGGGUUUAUGGUUUUCAACCCACAGUGCUUUGGGUGUAAGUGGAGCCCAGACUGGAGGAAAUGUGGGAAGAGUAGGAUUUUUUUUAAAAAAAUUUUUUGUAUGUAAUGGAGAAAGCACUUCACUAAAUGAUUCCUUGUUUUUAGAAGCACAUGCAAUGAACCACCAAAUGGAACUAGGAUACACUGUGCUCAACUGGAGAAGGGCUUGUCUUGUCACUAAUAAAUCAAAGUUUUGCAUCUAAAAGAGCAACUUCAGAGACUGUAUGUGGGUUUCAUGAUGGUGGGCUGUGGCUCCAUUCUUGUGGAGCUUUUAAAACAAGACUUAAGUCUCUCAUUUCAGACCUUAUCUUUUUUUUUUUUUUCCUCCCCCAAUUACUCCCAGCUUAAGAGGCUGUUGGAAACUUGGGCCUUCCCUGAGUGGUUAGAGCUGGUUUUCUGAAUCAUUUAUAAAACGUGAUUGAGGCCGUCUGCCUCUGUAACCCUGAGAUUGAAUGUUCAAACACUCAAGUCUGAAUAGAUUCUAUCUUAUGCUCUAUCUUAGAAAAUGUGCUGUGUUGCAAAUAAAUCAAUUGCUUUGCUAAUGAGAA